GCGGCUCUCUUGAACAUGAAGCCUUGGUUGUGUACAAUUAAAAAACAACGAUAAGUUCCCUUCCAAUGUGAUUUAUAAAUGGAGAGAAGGAGAGGAAAUUUCACUUGCAGUUUAUCGACGUCUAACUCGAAGGAUGGCAAAAACUAGUGACUGGAUAUGGGAAAAGAAGUAUUUAACUUCUCCGGUCACGAGUUUAGAGUUUCUAAGUUCGGACUUGGUUCUUUCAGGAAAUGGACCAUUCCUUGGUGUAUAUUCUGUAGCAAAGGGUGUUUUAUUAACUGACAAAUGUCUGUUGCAAGGCUCAAGAAUACAUGGAAUAAGAGGUGAAAAGACCUUCGGUAACUUAGUGCUUAUAUUUGGACAAAAGGUCAUAAGGGCUGUCAAAUUACAAGAGGAUCCCUCCAAUUCAAGUAUAAGAGUUGAGGCUGCAUCAGAUAUUGUUGCUUUUCCUGAUCUGAUCUGGGAUGCUCACUGGCUGUACGAAGAUGAGAUGCCAAAACUAGUGGCUAUUGCAACUGCGCACAAUGCUGUAUGGUGCUGGGAUUGGCAGCAUGAUGUAAAACAGUUGGUUGCCCAAUGUGAAGAGCCAUGUAUAUUAUAUUCUGCAUGUUUCUUUGGAUAUGAUUUACAAAAUUUAAUCAUAGCAUCUGGGACAGUUUUUAAUCAAGUCCUUCUUUGGAGAGUGCGAGGAAAAAAAGAUGAAAGUAACCGAACACAGAUUCUCCAGAGGCUCACAGGCCACUCAGGAGUUAUUUUUGCUAUAAACUUCAACAAACAAGGAACAAUUUUGAGUUCUGUUUCAGAUGACAGGAGCAUACGACUGUGGAAAAUAACAAACUUAUCCACACUUGAAUCAAAUGGCCGCGUGGAACCUUUGCUUGUUGUAUAUGGGCAUUCUGCACGAGUUUGGAAUGCAAAAUUGUUAGAGAUGUGUUUUGUUAGUAUCGGAGAGGACUUGGUGUGCAAUGUGUGGAGUUAUGAUGGGAGCAUUUUGAAGUCUUAUAAAGGUCAUACAGGUCGCAACAUCUGGAGUCUUGCCAUCAACCAAGAUGAAAAUCUUAUAGCCACAGGUGGUGGAGAUGGAAGCAUCAGGCUGUGGCCAUUAUCAAAUCCUGAUCACAACAGCAAUGCCAUUUCAAGAGAAGCUCGUCUACCUUCCUUAGAUACCAAAGCUGACAAUGAGAUAAAAACAAAGAAAACCAAAAAGGAGGAUUAUCCAAGAUUUGUGAGCUUACUGGACCAGUCUAACUUGUUGAUCAUGACAAAUGAUGGGUGUCUGUAUAAGUACAACUGGAUGAAUGACAAGAGUUCUCUCGCAGACCACAAUGUCUUGUCACUAAGUUCAAACACUGAUCACUCAAAUCAUAAAGAACAAUCAUGGAUGCUGCUACUCAAAGAUGCAGAGUAUUCCUCUUAUAGUGUUGUGGCUUUGUCUCCUUGUUGUAAGAUGAUUGCUUUUGGAAAUUUGAAAGGAAAAAUCAAACUGCAAGAUGCAAAUUUCAAUCACCCCAGUGUUGAACUACAGGCAUACUCAGGUAAGGUUCACAGUCUGCUUUGGAGCCAGCAGUAUUCUCCUCGGCAUCUCUUUUCGUGUGGGCCAGAUGGACAAUUCACAUGGUGGAAUAUCAUUUGCACCAAAGGAGAAACUACUACAUUUGAUGUGAACCCUUUGUGCGUCUUCAUUCUUCCACCAUCCAAGCAACGUUGGGCAUCAGCCAUUGAAAUCUUCCAAACAACUGAUAAAGAGAUGUGGACGAGUGAAUCUGCUGUGGUAGUCUGUGGAGAUAGAAAAGGGUCAUUGCAUUUGUUUGAUCCUAACAUUGGUGAUUUGUCCGCUGAAAAGUGUAUUGGCCCAGCACAUUCCCUUCCUUUGCUUCAUGGUAAAGCUGGAGUAAGCCACCUGUGCCUUCCUAAUAACACAAUAUACUCAGCUGGGAGAGAUGGAGUGUACAGACAGCUUAGAAUACAAAACAAUACUUUGGAGGUUAUAGAUACCAAAAAGGUUUAUAAAGGCUUAGACUGGGUCGAGCGGCUGCUGUUCACAGACAAUGGAGAUCUUCUCAUUGCAGGCUUCCAUGCUGCAUAUUUUGUAUUAUGGAGUGUACAGCUCAAUGAGCUCUUGUGGAGAGUGACGUGUGGUGGAGCGCACAGAGUCUGGGACCUAAUCCUUGAACAGUCGGAUUCAUCUGUUCGUGGAGGAGUGCUGGCCUUUAUCAAAGACUCCACCAUUUACACGCACAAGAUGACCUUCCAGUGUGAGCUGAAAAGGACGAUGUUGAAGUCAGGUUUUCAUGGACGAGAAGUGACGUGUAUUUGUCAUGUAGAUUCACUUGUGGGGCAACAAGGUGGUAUUAGUGACAUAGUUGUGACAGGGAGCGAAGAUACAAACAUCCAGCUAAUGAUUUCUGACCGUUCCACUGGCGUGACCUCGUCAGUUUUCACUGCCCAUGGCCAUAUAUCUAGUGUCCGUGCCUUAAGCGCCACAAGAUCCCCGCGGCCAAACUUACAGCCAAAGGAACAGAAAAACGCUUACCCCAAAGGUGAUAGGACACAUCAUCUUCUCUUUUCUGGCGGGGGCCGUGCUUCACUCAAGUGCUGGCGCGUGGAUCUGUCAUUCAUCGAUGAUAGUCGCCAUGGGGAUAAGAUGACGUCUUCACCUUUGGUUUUUCUUGGAGAAUAUUCGUUUCGCUUCAGUAAUCGCCGGCGGAGACGAAGGAAACACGAUUUGCCGUCCUUGUCAGAGAUAAGGUUUAUGUCUUUGACGUCGUUAAGUGCUGCAAGUUUGAAGGAAAGCUGUCAGUCGUUGUAUUUUGUCUUGGCAGCUUGCUCAGAUGGGUUUGUUAGAAUUUUUAGCUUUGAUGAGCGACGAAACAGGUUUUCUCUCUUGGGUCAGUCCCUGUACCUCAAACGCUGUGUGCUCACAAUCAGUCACGUGGUUGAUUGUUGUGCAAGUGGUGAUCCGCUGGUUGUGAUGUUUGCCGGCGACACAGCUGGAAGAAUUUCUUGUUGGGACAUCACUUCAUUGUUAUGUAACCAUCUACGGGAAUAUUGAGACUUGACGAGCGUGGAGGACAUGUUGAUGACAAAUGAUGUGAAGUCAGAAAAGGAAACGCAUUCUGCAGUGGACUCGUUAGUGGAAAAUGCACAAGAAACUGUCGAUAAUAAUGAUAGUGAAAAGAAAGUUUUAGACGCGCACGUCUCCGUAGAAAAGUGUGAUACACCUCAAGCUAGAAUAGCUGUUUUGGGCUCUGCAAGUUGUGUGACAACGGACAUUCACGAUUCGUCACGCAGCUGUUGGAAAAGCGGAGCAGUGGAGGAUUGCGUGAUAGAUUAUAACGUACAUGAAAGGGUGACAAUUGCUAAUAAACAAACCGUUAAUACUGGUCCUUCAGCACAGAACCGAGCUUCAGUCAACUGUGGAGAAGACGUUUUGAAUGAAGGCAACUCAAGUGAUCGACUCACUUCCACCGGAAGUGAAGUAUCUGGUCAAACUAGUCUAACCGGAAGUGAAGUAUCUGGUCAAACUAGUCUAACCGGAAGUGAAGUAUCUGGUCAAACUAGUCUAACUGAUCAAAAUGAUGAAGUGUUGAAUGCCACACUCGUGGACCAAAUUGACUUCUCGUGUCUUCCUCUCGUACCAGUCUUCCUUGGUCUUCCUAUCCACGUGUUUCACGCGCACCAAUCUGGUGUGAAUGCAAUCUCACUUGCGAAAACUCACGUUUCAGGACAAUACUUACUGGUCAGUGGUGGUGACGAUACUGCACUCUACGCAGCAGAAUUCAACUUGAAGCAAAACAAGAAUGACGUCACCAAUGUUAACAUGACUCGUGAAGUGUCUCAACCGUCCGCUCAUACGUCAUCAGUGACAGGUGUUAAGGUUUUGGAGGAUGGAUGCGUCAUCUCGUCAUCUGUUGAUCAGAGAAUCAUUAUUUGGGAGAUUGCAGAUACAGGGCAGGGUUGUUCAGUUUUCCGUCAGCGUACCUCCGAAAUCAUGGACGUUGCCGAUGUUCAGGACUUGGAAGUCUGGGGCGAGAGGAAUGGCUGCCUGGUGGCUGCAGUUUGCGGAGUUGGCCUGCAAACUUUUGGUCUUGUCGGAAGCGGCUGAAGCUCUCAAUUUCUUAAUUUUUUUCCGAAUUAUUUUGGUAGCCUGGACUUGGAUUUUUACGUAAAUUGACAAACUAGACUCAAUAAAUUGAACUGAAGUGAAA